UCUUCGCAACAUUGUCAAAUUCAAUUUUGGUGUACUGACACUGACACUGACACUGGGCACGCAAAAACAAAAUGUGACGAUCCUUCUUGGUAUGCUCUCUGGACUAGUACUAGUUUUAGGCUUCGAUUUCCUGAUCGAAAUACCAUAGAAAUCUCCAGCGGCACCGUCGUCUGCGAACAAUUCGAAAAUGGAUUCGCAGAGGUCUGGCUUAGCUAAUGGUGGAGGAUCGAGCUCUGCUAGGGUUUCCACCAUGUCCAACGGCCACCGAGUUGUCCACUUCCCGCUGUCCCGCUCUUGCGCUCUCAAAAUCCAGAAGGGCGACAUCACUCAGUGGUCCGUCGAUGGCUCUUCUCUACGCCAUUGUCAAUCCAGCAAAUCAGCGGAUGCUUGGAGGUGCUGGUACUGAUGGAGCCAUACACCGAGCUGCUGGUAAGGAACUCCGAGCAGCAUGCUAUGAUGUAGAAGAAGUCGAACGUGGAAUUCGCUGUCCUACUGGAGAAGCGAGGAUUACACAAGGUUUUAAUUUGCCUGCUUCUCACGUUAUUCACACUGUUGGGCCCAUAUACGAUGUCGAUCCUAACCCUGAAGCCUCUUUAAGAAGUGCAUACAGAAGCAGUUUACGUGUUGCCAAACAGAACAACAUUCAAUAUAUUGCAUAUACUGCCAUAUCAUGUGGUAAUCAUAGGUAUCCUUUGGAUGAAGCUGCCACUAUAGCUAUAUCUACAGUUAGAGAAUUGGCAAAUGACUUCAAGGAGGUGCACUUUGUUCAUUUAACUGAUGAGGCAUACAAUGUUUGGUUGGACAAGGCAAACGAGUUGCUGCACGAUCAGUGAUUACGGUUGCCUGACAAUCUGCAGAUCCUAUUAUUUAUUAGAAUUCGAAGGAUUGAAUGUGGAUAUUUAUAUUCCAAGUUGAUAAUGACAUUUGCAGAACUGUCAUAGGUAUAAAAAAGAUCAGCAAGUCGCGGAUGGAAAAUGGGUUAUUUCGUAUAUAUAAUUUAAUUUUGCUACAUUUGGUUUUCUAGAGAACAGAUUGAUUGCUGGUAAUUUUGUACACGUUACACAUGAUUGAUUAUUAUUUCUUGUGCAUUCCUAUAUGUUAUGUUUGGAACUUAAUUUUUUUACGAAAAAGAAGAGAUAAAUUGAAAUGGGAGAAUUUAUUUUUA